GAGCUGUGUGUAUGUGAGAAUCUGACGGGUUCAAAAUGGCGGCGGCUGCUUCAGCGGAUCCUCCUGUGUGAGGGAAACAACACCCCUCCCCAGCAGCAGCGGCGGCAGCGGCGGGUCGCAGAGCAUCUUUCCAGCUCCUGGGCCUGUCGCAGCUGUUUCUCUCCCGGGCAGGGGGCUCUUCUGGUGGAAGGGCAACGACCGGGGGCCCAUCCCCCGGAGUCCCUCCUCUGCGACUGGGGAGUAGCCGGGGGGUGGGGGGAUCGUCCCGCAGCGCGGAGCCCCGGCUUAGGGGACGACGCAAAGGCAGCCGGGGGCCCCCAGUCAGAGCACUUCGCUGCUCCCGCCCCCUCCGCCCCCCGGGGCCGGGGCCCGCGUUCCGGGGGGCCGGGCGGCGCGGGGAGCGUCGGCCGGGUGGAUCUCAGCUGAUCGGCCGCGUCUUCUGGGCUUCGGAAGCGUCUGUGGUCGGCCGGGGGUACCCAGAGGAGGGUGUUCCUCGCGGCCGGGUUGGCCCGGGUCUCGAGUUGGGGCUGCUGACCGCCGGCCCGGGGGAGUCGCCGAGUGGUCUUGCUCUCCUCUCCUAACGCCUCGGACUCCGAGUCCGUAAAACCAGAAGAGGAGGUUUGAUUCAGUAACUGUUUCCUCUUUUCCGGGUCGCUCUGACCCUUCUCUGGAUACUGGGUUAAUACACAGAGAAACCGAAGACGACGUUAGGGAUUAAAUUUUUUUCUGGUUUUGGAUCUUCUCUCUUGGACAAGAACUCAAGAACAAAAUUCCCGGAGGAAGAAGAGGAAGGCAGUCCCUGAGUGGUUUCUUUACAGUACUUUCAUUUGAAGAGUAAGAGAUGGAACCUGAAGAAGAAAGGAUUCGUUACAGCCAGAGAUUGCGUGGUACCAUGCGACGUCGCUAUGAAGAUGAUGGCAUUUCAGAUGAUGAAAUUGAAGGGAAAAGAACUUUUGACUUGGAAGAGAAGCUCCACACCAACAAAUAUAAUGCCAAUUUUGUUACUUUUAUGGAGGGAAAAGAUUUUAAUGUAGAGUAUAUCCAGCGGGGUGGCUUGAGAGACCCUCUGAUUUUCAAGAAUUCUGAUGGACUUGGAAUAAAGAUGCCAGAUCCAGACUUCACAGUGAAUGAUGUCAAAAUGUGUGUGGGGAGUCGUCGGAUGGUAGAUGUCAUGGAUGUGAACACACAGAAGGGCAUUGAAAUGACCAUGGCUCAAUGGACACGAUACUAUGAGACCCCAGAGGAGGAGCGAGAGAAACUCUAUAAUGUCAUCAGCCUAGAAUUUAGCCACACCAGGCUUGAGAACAUGGUGCAGCGACCUUCCACGGUGGAUUUCAUUGACUGGGUAGAUAACAUGUGGCCAAGGCACUUGAAAGAAAGUCAGACUGAAUCAACAAAUGCCAUUUUAGAGAUGCAGUACCCUAAAGUGCAAAAGUACUGUCUAAUGAGUGUUCGAGGCUGCUAUACUGACUUCCAUGUGGAUUUUGGUGGUACUUCUGUUUGGUAUCAUAUCCACCAAGGUGGAAAGGUCUUCUGGCUCAUCCCCCCUACAGCCCACAACCUGGAGCUGUACGAGAAUUGGCUGCUGUCAGGGAAACAGGGAGACAUCUUUCUGGGUGACCGGGUGUCAGAUUGUCAACGAAUUGAGCUCAAGCAGGGCUAUACCUUCGUCAUUCCCUCAGGUUGGAUUCAUGCUGUGUAUACUCCUACAGACACAUUAGUGUUUGGAGGCAAUUUUUUGCAUAGUUUCAACAUCCCCAUGCAAUUAAAGAUAUAUAGCAUUGAAGAUCGGACACGGGUUCCAAAUAAAUUCCGUUACCCAUUUUACUAUGAAAUGUGUUGGUACGUGUUGGAGCGAUAUGUAUACUGCAUAACCAACCGAUCUCACUUAACUAAGGAAUUUCAGAAAGAAUCCCUCAGCAUGGAUAUGGAAUUAAAUGAGUUGGACUCUGGAAAUGGUGACGAGGAAGGGGUGGACAGAGAAGCCCGACGCUUGAACAGUAAGCGAUCUGUGCUUACCAGUCCUGUUGCUAAUGGAGUCAACCUGGAUUAUGAUGGACUAGGCAAAAGCUGCCGAAGUCUUCCAAAUCUGAAGAAAACUGUGUCUGGAGACUCUUCCUCAGACUCUAGCCGGGGAUCCCACAAUGGCCAAGUUUGGGAUCCCCAAUGUAGCCCUAGAAAGGAUAGGCAAGUACAUCUGACCCACUUUGAGCUUGAAGGUCUUCGAUGUCUUGUAGAUAAGUUAGAGUCACUGCCACUGCACAAGAAGUGUGUCCCCACAGGGAUAGAAGACGAAGAUGCUCUGAUUGCUGACGUAAAGAUUUUGCUGGAGGAACUUGCUAGUAGUGAUCCCAAGUUAGCCCUCACUGGAGUCCCUAUAGUGCAGUGGCCAAAAAGGGAUAAGCUUAAGUUCCCUACCAGGCCAAAGGUAAGGGUUCCUACCAUUCCCAUCACAAAGCCUCACACCAUGAAGCCAGCUCCGCGCUUAACACCUGUGAGGCCUGCUGCUGCCUCCCCCAUUGUGUCUGGAGCCAGGCGGAGAAGAGUGCGCUGCAGGAAAUGCAAAGCAUGCGUUCAAGGAGAAUGUGGGGUCUGCCACUAUUGCAGGGACAUGAAGAAGUUUGGUGGGCCUGGACGCAUGAAGCAAUCCUGUGUCCUCCGACAGUGCUUAGCACCCAGACUGCCUCAUUCAGUUACGUGUUCCCUCUGUGGAGAAGUGGAUCAGAAUGAAGAGACACAAGACUUUGAAAAGAAACUCAUGGAAUGCUGCAUUUGCAAUGAGAUAGUUCAUCCAGGCUGCCUCCAGAUGGAUGGAGAGGGGUUACUUAACGAGGAAUUGCCAAAUUGCUGGGAGUGUCCAAAGUGUUACCAGGAAGACAGCUCGGAGAAAGCCCAGAAGCGGAAAAUAGAAGAGAGUGAUGAAGAAGCUGUGCAAGCCAAAGUCUUACGGCCCCUGAGGAGCUGCGAAGAGCCCCUCACACCCCCGCCUCACUCACCUACUUCCAUGCUGCAGCUCAUCCACGACCCGGUUUCUCCCCGGGGUAUGGUGACUCGGUCAUCCCCUGGGGCUGGCCCCAGUGACCACCACAGUGCCAGCCGUGAUGAGCGCUUCAAACGGCGGCAGUUGCUGCGCCUACAAGCCACAGAGCGCACCAUGGUACGGGAAAAGGAGAACAAUCCCAGCGGCAAAAAGGAGCUGUCUGAAGUUGAGAAAGCCAAGAUCCGGGGAUCGUACCUCACUGUCACGCUACAGAGGCCCACCAAAGAGCUCCACGGGACCUCCAUUGUGCCCAAGCUGCAGGCCAUCACAGCUUCCUCUGCCAACCUCCGCCCUAACCCCCGUGUGCUGAUGCAGCACUGCCCAGCUCGAAAUCCCCAGCGUGGGGAUGAGGAGGGGCUGGGGGUAGAGGAGGAGGAAGAGGAGGAAGAAGAUGACAGUGCAGAGGAGGGGGGUGCAGCCAGGCUGAAUGGCCGGGGAAGUUGGGCUCAGGAUGGAGACGAAAGCUGGAUGCAGCGGGAGGUCUGGAUGUCUGUCUUCCGCUACCUCAGCCGCAAAGAACUUUGUGAAUGUAUGCGAGUGUGCAAGACAUGGUAUAAAUGGUGCUGUGAUAAACGACUCUGGACAAAAAUUGACUUGAGUAGGUGUAAGGCCAUCGUACCCCAAGCCCUUAGUGGCAUCAUCAAGCGUCAGCCAGUCAGCCUCGACCUUAGUUGGACUAACAUCUCCAAAAAGCAGCUGACGUGGUUGGUCAAUAGGCUGCCAGGACUAAAAGACCUCCUUCUAGCAGGCUGUUCCUGGUCUGCAGUCUCUGCCCUCAGCACAUCUAGCUGCCCCCUUCUCAGGACACUUGAUCUUCGGUGGGCAGUAGGAAUUAAAGACCCUCAGAUUCGGGACUUACUGACUCCACCCACAGAUAAACCAGGUCAGGACAAUCGAAGCAAGCUCCGGAACAUGACAGACUUCCGGCUGGCAGGACUUGACAUCACAGAUGCCACUCUCCGACUCAUCAUUCGCCACAUGCCCCUUUUGUCUCGACUCGACCUCAGUCACUGCAGCCACCUUACAGAUCAGUCCUCCAACCUACUCACUGCUGUCGGGUCUUCCACUCGAUACUCUCUCACAGAGCUCAAUAUGGCAGGUUGCAAUAAAUUGACAGACCAGACCCUGUUCUUCCUAAGACGAAUUGCUAAUGUCACGUUGAUUGACCUUCGAGGAUGCAAACAGAUCACUAGAAAAGCCUGUGAGCACUUCAUCUCAGACUUGUCCAUCAACAGCCUCUACUGCCUGUCUGAUGAGAAACUGAUACAGAAGAUUAGCUAAGACAUGCUCAGACCGAACUGAACAGGAAAAUCUUCCCCUGCCUUCCCACCAAGGAGAGUCUCUCCCUGCGCAGGCUCUGAGGCCAAUGACACACUCCCUCUCUGCUCUCUUUUCUCUGAGCCCUUCUCCCACAGGUGGGGCAGAGAGGAUGGUGGACACCAAGGUCACUUGCCUGCUCCUCUCCCUCCCAAGGAAAAGAGAGGAGAGGUCGAUCAAGGAGAAAGCACAGGCUGUGCUGUCCCAGUGCCUGCUUGCUUGCUCGUCUGCCAGCUGGGAAGCUGGGCUCUCAGUUUUGGGGAAUUUGUGCAUCUUUCACCUGCACUGGGCCAAGAGCCCUUUUUUUCUCACCCAUGGUCCCCCAGCAGUGCCUGGUUCUGAGCAAACUCCAGGGAGGAAGGUGGCCUUGCCUCCCUGGCCAGGUACUUCUCAUGGUGUCCGUUGCGUCUCUCCUCCGUUAUACUCUCCCGGCUUCUGCAGGAGGGGCUAACAGCCCUAGGAACACCAGACCUGGCAGGUCUCAAUGGUGCUGUGAGAUGUCUCAGCUUUGCUCCAUGUCUGUACUAGCCCUUUUUCUUUUCCCCGAGCUUGAUGCUGUCCAACACUCGUGCUCAUUCACAUAAUACAGUCCCCAUUCCUGACACCACCCCCUAAAUUUUCCACUAGUCUCUGAGUUCCUUAUUGCACUUACUGGGGUUAUUUAAAAAAGCUCUUCCAAGGAGCUGGAACUGCACCCCCAGAGAUGCUCCAUUUCAUUGCCACCCAGGCAUAUUCUAAGACAGGCAUCAUCUCCCCUCCCCACCCCCAAUGCCUCCUACCAACUGCCCUUUUCCACGUGUCCUCUUUCCUGCCUGAACAGGGCUUUCCUAGAAUGCAUGUCCUCAGAAGGAGCAGCCUGUUUCCUCAGGUUGGGGGAAUAGACGACUGGUUGAGUCCCUGCCUGCCUCCAGCCCAGGCUUCUCUAGGCUUCUGAUUUAGCAUAGCCCUCUGAGCCCAGGCCUGUGUAGAGCCUAGCAGCUCACUGACCUGGUACCUUUUAAGGGGAGCCCUGAUUGGAAGCCAGUCACCUGCCCUCUUCCUGCAGCCUUGGAAGUGUGUGUGCAUGUGCCUCUGUGUGUCUGGCUGAGUGUGCUACACGUGUGUGCAGGGAAGGAGGGGAGCAUGAUGUCUCCCUCUCCACCACCCUUCUUCAAGCCCCAUCAGCUGCCCCCUUUUACUUCGCAUUGAACGGCCUGUCCAAAGAUCCUCUCUCUAGGGCAGCAGAGAGCUUUUUUGCACUUUAAAAAAAAAAAGAAAUGGUCGGAAUUAUUCUGGGUCAAUAUUUAGAGUGUGAGGAGAUGCUCAGCAGAGGCCUGUGGUCAGAGUUUGUCAGUGAUACAUGCAAAUUUGCACUCUGCUCCCCAUCUGUAGGAGAUUGAUCGCACAGCCUUGCCCCGCCUUCUCUUCCCCCAGCCAUACCCCUUUGCCACUCACCACCCCACUUUCCUGUAACCCAGCCUCAGGCUUUCCCAAACUCCAUCAGGAGGGGACAGAGCCAGGCACCAUGAGUCUGAAGUGUGAACAGCCCAAGGAGAGAUGCUAACUGCACCCUUGCCACUGCCAAAGCAAUAGAGGCAGAAGCGUCCCCUCUUUGCCACUUAGCCCAACGUUGACCCUGGCAUUAACCAGACUUUUUCCAGGAAAACUGGGUCCUGGCAAGGGGUGGCAUUGUUUCUUCCAAUCUGCUGAUUCUCUUUGUCUGCACCUAAAACACAGUAGUCUGCUCCCAUGACCCUCUGCCAUUCCAUUGGUCCUCAGGACCCAGGAUUCUGGGCCUGAAAUGUUGAGGAAACGCCAGUGACUUAUUCCAGAGUGCCUCAGUUAGGGGAACUUCUGUAAAGAACCCUGGGUGUUGAGCAAAAACCUUAUUAAUAUUAUUAAUGACCUAUAAUUAGAAGCUUCCUGCCUCUUUUUUUCUUUUUGGUUGCUCCUGUGGAAAUACUAAAAUUACUAAGUUUGUUUGUUGUCUUUUUAUAAAGGGGGAGGUGGAGAGACCCCUUCAGAGCAGGGAUUGUGCCGGGAGAGUGCCUCUGACCUUUGGGAGAGUUUAUCCACAGAAAUUUCUAAGCUGAUGGCUUGUCUGGGGUUUUGGUCUUUGCAUUUAGGUUUGGAAAAAGCAAGUGUUUUGCCACACAGAUUCGUCAGCUGAAAAGGGAACUCAGGAUGGCGGCAGAUGGACUGAUGCCCUUGCUGGGUCUUUCUUUUCUUAGGACUAUGAGAGAGAAUGGUUUUUAGAGGUAAGGGUUGGUCCUUGCAAAGGAGAGGAGUGUGUCUGGGGGCAAAGAACAUGCAAGUCCAUUGUCCUGUAUCUACUCUUAGCUGUGGUCUUGCCAGAGCCUGGCUUCCUCAGACUGUAGGAUCAGACCUCUGCCUUCAUCUUUCCACAUACUGGGGCAAAAAACCACAAAGGAAAGGAAGAUAAUUAUAUAUAUAUAACUAUAUAUAUAUAUAAUAUAAAAUCACUUGGUGAUUAAAAAAAUAACUGCUCAAUAAAUAAAACUCCUAAAGUCA